UCCUGAGAGUCUGUGUCAAAAUUUUAAAAUGGAAAAAACCCGUUUCAUUCCUCAACGCUUCAUUAUCGCUAUUAUGACCAUGGGGGCCCUUACCGUCGUCUAUACAAUGCGCAUUAUUAUACCAGUAUCCACCAAACACAUGGUCGCACCAUUGAAUAUUACCAAAGAAAACAGUAGCAUUUGUCCAAACCCAUCACCAGUUACUGAAUUGUCUCACCACAUCCAAGACACUGUAUUCCCAUGGACUCCAUCAAAGCAGUUUAUAACUUCGCGGUGUUUCUUCGCUGGGUACUUCAUUGGGCACAUUCCUGGUGGGAUUAUUUCAGACUUGUAUGGUGGCAAAGACGUGAUGAGUGUCGCCAUUUUGGUUUCCUCCAUUCUCACACUCACCACACCCAUCGUUUUUAAGGCAGUCAACGGCAAUUUGAUCCUAGUUGCGUUUAUAAAAAUUUUGAAAGGGAUUUGCAUUGGGUUAAUAUUCCCAAGUGCCCACAGCAUCAUAAGUCAGUGGUGUCCAGUAAAGGAUCGUGGUAAAAUCACUGGGAUUAUCUUUGCGUCCACCCAAUGGUCCAUCACUAUUAAUAACCUAGUGACCGACCAUUUGAUCAUGCAUGUGGGGAGUUGGGGGUCCAGUUACUACCUCUAUGGGUCCUUGGGUGUGGUACUACUCCCAUUUUGGCUUCUUUUCGCUGCGUCAAACCCCUUCAAUUGCCGGUACUUGAUCAAAGAAGAGUACCUCUAUUUGCGCAAAGAAAUGGCUGGGCGUGUACAGUUUGGCCCAAAACCAAUCCCAUGGAGAUCUAUGCUCACAAGCCUCCCAUUAUGGUCACUAGUCAUAGCCCAAUUCGGACAUGGGUGGAUCUGGCAUGGGUUAGAUACUGACCUCCCCAAGUACCUCUGCGACGUCUUCCAAAUCGACAUUUUACAUAGUAGUCUAAUGGCUUCCAUUCCAUAUGCCAUAAUGGGUUUCUCGACCAUUAUCAUGGGUUACAUCUCCGACUACUUGAUUAAUCGCAACAUCAUACAAACGACGACGUUACGAAAAGCCCUCACGACUUUUGGGGCCAUGGGUCCGGGCAUUUUUCUCGUUGCAGGUGGUUACAAUGGUUACCUCAGUUGUAACAAAACCACAGCUGCUAUGUUUUUCUCAUUUGGAUUGUGUUCAAUGAGUUGUUACUACGCCGGAACGAGAGUCAAUUGUUUUGAUUUGGCGCCAAACUAUAGUGGGAUUAUUAUGGGAUUGGUCAAUGGAAUUGCAGCACUGGCAGGAAUUAUGGCACCCAUGGUUACAAAAAAUUUUACGAAAAAUGAAAGUCUUUUCGAUUGGAUGUACGCUUUUUGGAUCCAUUUAAGUGUUUUGGCUUUCACAAACAUUUUUUUUGUGUUUUUUGGAUCAGCGGAAGAACAACCAUGGAAUUGGGCUAAUAGGAUUGACCUUGACGAAAAUUAUAGUCUAGAUAGCAUUCGCCAAAACCAAUAAAGUGACUUUUUGGUAGUUACUAGUUUUUUUUU